CGUACCAACACAACGCGGCAGGCGAGCGAGCACGAACGCGCCACCGCAAGACGCGUAAGUUGCUCGCGCCGCGUCUCUCUCGGCCCUGUGGCUCGCGGUGGUUGAUUGCUGCGGAGGCGGAGGCGGUGGUGGUGGAGUCGUCCUCACACGCGGCGGGGCCACGUGGGCUUAGCCGAGUGACGUCGCCGCGAGGUCAACUCGCCGUUCCCGCGCCGAGUCCCCGUCGUUCGCCGCCGUUGCCAUGGUGGCCCCACUCUCGCGGCUCCCUCUCACCGCGCUUGUUAUAACUUGCCUUGACCACACUUUGGCCGUGUGCAAGUGUCGGUGUCGCCGCGCGGUCUUGAACUGUCUCGUCAGCCGUGUUGACGAGAAGUAGAGAGGAGGAGAAGGAGGAGACGACGAAGAAGCGGCGGCGGCGUUGGCUGCGUGAACGCCGCGCACUCGUUUGUAUUUGACCAGUGUACCAGUUAAACAGCCGCAGCAAACAUGACCAGAGAGGAGGAUGUGGAGCCGGCCUUGGAGGUGGAGUUCGGCAUGCUGGAUUACAAGUCAUCCAUCGACAGCACUGAGGGCAUCGUGUCCAGGGUGCACGCUGUGGCAACCGCCCCCAUGCCUCCCGGCAGCGAUUUUGCGUUCUUCGACCCGAAGGAACCAUCGUGCCAGACGCUGCUGCUGUCCCCCAGCACGACGGUGUCGCAGCUAUUCGCCGUACUGCGCCAGUGGGUCCCGCAGGUGCAGCAGCACGUGGCGCUCAUCGGAAACGAGAUGUUGAAGCGUGGCUGCCACCCCAAUGAUCGAGAUGAGCUCACCGACAUGACAUUGCUCCACUACACCUGCAAGGCUGGGGCACCAGGAAUUGGCGAUGCGGAAGCAGCAGCGGCAUUUGCGGGACGCCUGCUGACGCUGGGGGCCAACCCGUCACUGAGAAGCCGCUGGACGGGCAUGAACGCGCUCCACUAUGCCGCCUACUUUGACGUGCCCGAGCUCAUCCCUGUCGUCCUUCAAGCAGUCGGGCCCAAAGAGGUAGACGCAACCUGCAGUGAUUUUGACUUUGGGACGGCCUUGCACAUCGCGGCCUCCAACCUGUGUCUGUCUGCUGCAAAGAGCCUUCUAGAACAUUCGGCCAACCCUCUGUUCAAGAACAACCGAGGGCUGGUGCCAUGCGAUGUGGUGCCAGACGCAGCUGACAUGCCCCUGGAGAUGGCUGAGGUGGCACUGGUGGCAAGGGAGAUUCGCCGACUGCUGUCCCGGGCCACAGCCUCUCCCGCACUGCUCCCCACGCCUCCACUCCCAUCGCAGCCACCAGCACCGCCUGGACUCACAGUGGGCCAGCGUGUCAUUGUUGGUGGCCGUAAGACGGGUGUGCUGAGGUUUUGUGGCCCCACGGAGUUUGCGGGCGGCCAGUGGGCUGGCGUGGAGCUGGACGAGGCCGACGGCAAAAACAACGGAAGCGUGGACGGCACACGCUACUUCACGUGCGCGCCACGACACGGGAUCUUUGCGCCACUGUCCAAGGUGGCGAGGGCUGAGGAGUCGUCGCGCCGCGGCUCCUUGAACAGCUCUGGAGCGAUCAGGGGUGCGGCGCCAGUGUUGCGAAUCGCGGCACGGGGCCCACACGCCGACCCUUGCCACGACGACGCCGCUUCACGCCGCACCGCCGGUCACACGAAUAUGAAGACCUUGAGUGGCCCCAGACGGAAAGCGCAGGCUUCAGCCUUCUCCUCCGAUGCCUCCGCAGAGAAUAACAGCAACACACCACAAGGCUCUGGCUCAUCCUCAUCCGGUUCCAGUUCCCCUCACUUGACCAGGAGAAGGGCGUCAGUUACAUUGCCACUCAAGCCAUCACGCAAUGCAGGAGGAGCUCAGCCCCCCCGGACAAAGCCAGCAGAAUCACGCAUCCAGCACGGGGUCCGGAAGCGACUACCUUCGUCGGGGAGUGGCGGCACGUCAGAUGGGGCUGCCGAGUUGGAGCUGGGAGAGCGCUUGCUGGUGUCGGGGCAGAGGGCAGGCGUGCUGCGCUUUCAAGGCACGACACAUUUCGCGCCUGGGCACUGGUACGGCAUCGAGCUGGAGCAGCCAAGUGGCCGCAAUGACGGAUCCGUGGCAGGCGUGCGCUACUUCCAGUGCCCGGCCAAGCACGGAGUGUUUGCACCCCCGUCACGUGUCCAGAGCUUUCCAGCGGAGCCUGAGUAUUCCCAACACUGGAAAACCGCCAAGGAAGCCUCUGGGUCGGACACCCAUGAACAGCCGUGGCAAACCAGGCUCCUUGUGUCGAAGCUUGAGCCACACCGCUGCAUUAGCAGCCACAAACGACGCAGUCUCCCCGGCGACAUCAUCCCCGGCUGCGGCGGUCCCGGGCGGCAGCGACAGGGCCAACUUGGAGAAGGUCGGCGGCGGUGGCGGCAGAUGCGGCGCUCCCCGCCUCCGGGAUGGCAUGCAGGUGUUGGUGGCAGGCACGGGCGAGAUGGGCACAGUGCGCUUUGUGGGCGAGGUGGGCUUUGCGGCGGGCACGUGGUUGGGCCUGGAACUGAGGGCGCCACGCGGAAAGCACGACGGUGCCGUGGGCGGCCAGCGCUACUUCAGCUGCCGGCCGGGCUGUGGCAUCAUGGUGCGGCCGGGUCGUGUCUCCUACCGCGGCAUCAACGGCGCCCGGCUGCUUGGCGAGGCACUGCUCGGCUGAAGUGCCCUGCCAGGGUCGGCACGUUUGCCGUUCAAGUCCACAGUGUGCCUGUUGGAUGUUUGUUGCAUUUGUUUGGGUGGUCUUUCAUGAGGACUAUAGUUGUGUGGGCUGUGUGGCACGUCAAAGUGUCCAUCGGCUGAAAUGAAUAGAGACACUGGUACUCUCUCAGUUGGUGGCUGUAGCCUGGUGGAAAAUCCAAAUUCCCAUGGCAAGCGACAUUAUCACCAUGGCACAACCACUGUUGACCUCACAAAAGUGUUGCUCACCUUUAUCAAUCGCUUAAGGAUAAUGAGCUGAAGCAACGCCUGGCUCGGAUUUGAACUCGUGACCUUCCGAUUUGAAGUCGAGCACUUUGACUUAGACACUGAAAUUACAUGUUCUGAUAUCAGGGGAUUGUAAAGUAAAAAUAAUAAUUUUAACCAUUUGAAUAUAAUAGUUUUAAUAUAUGGAAAUAUGAAUGUUGCUACAGCCGCCAAUUGUUCUGUGCUGCCUUUUUUUGUUAACCAUUUAUGCACUUUUUAAAUGUAAAUAACCGCUGCUGGGUUUUAGAUGCUGUAAAAGGAGAAUAUUUUAUUUGGCAGGUAUCAAUGCACAGAGUAGUUACAUAUUACAAGAUAAAUGUAUAGUGUCUCUAUGCACACAUCUCAUCACUGGUAGUGCUGGGAAUGUGAUGGAAAUUCCACAUUCCCAUGGUAGAAACCAGUCUCUCCAUAGGAAAUAUCCUAUGUAUUGCAACAACCCGAACAAAUAUAUUUUUUAAUCGGUACCAUGACAUAGGGUGAAUUAAUGGGAUGAAGUAGAAAUUAAUUAUAAAGAAUUAAAAGUACUUUAGACUAUAGAAGGCACUUGGGAAUAUUUCAGAUUCAUAAAACGCAGAUUUGUGAACGAUUUCAAUGUCUGCAAUUGCAUCAUUUCCCAACACUUGCUGACAAUAUUUUCAUCACCCAUGCAGUAUUGGAGUGUAACGGGGUUGCGAGCGACACGUCACUCUAAUCGAUGUUACGAAUCUCCACUCAACAUGAAUGUAAUCUUUUGGUUUUAUUGUCACUUUAUAACAGUCAUGGGCUCUCGCUCCUCUGUGGAUUGUGCAAGUUGUGUGUGCGGAUCGAUGGGCUUGUAUUUUUCUGCCAGUUAUUUUCUCAGUUGCCUUAAUUGCUUUUGUUUGAUUUGCCCCAUUUUAAUCUUUGUGUCGCGGCGGUAUUUGUAAAGAUUAUUGAGAAACCAGUAUUGCAGUGCUUUAUAAAUGGCAUUUUUUUUAAUCUUUAAAUUGUGAAAUUACGAAAAGGAUUUACCAGUAGCCCUGUUUCACUGGGUAGUCAGAUUACUGUGAUGUAUAUAGCACAGGAUAAUUUUAAUGUCAUUGUAUUUUAUUUGAAAAUAAUUGGGGGGAAGUGACAAUGAACAAAGUAUAUUUUCUAGGAUCCUGUAUUUAUCACACUACAAAACCUGCGAUCAAAAGGUUUAUAACGAGUAUGGAGUCUUACAUUGCUUCUAAAGCCUCAAAUAAUUUGUAAAUGGGUUUCGAAAAAGUCACCCGCCAACACUGGACCAGUGGCCAUUCUCUCUGUGGCACUCUCAGUUGAAGUUCAUCUUGAGCACACACCGCUGGCGUCCAAUUUGAACAUGGGGAUGUGCCUUUAACAGUGUCCAUGUUUAUUUCCUGAAAUGAGAUAGAGCAUUGGAUUAAUGUUAUGUUAAUGUCGGGGUGCUUAAUCAAGCGUCGAAAAAAUAUUGGGGUUGAUUGCCAGGCUGCCUCCUGAGAUUUACCAAAUUCUAGCUUUAACUAUUUGUUGGCAUUGGCAACGAUUUACCAUUGACUGUGUGGGAAUUACCACAUUGCUAAGCACACCAACUUCAUCCAUUGUUAUACGAUCACUAGAGCAGAGGCAUAUCAUUUGAGGAUUACUGCACGGCACUUGCGCAGAAGAAAUGGCCAAGAUGUGUCUGUUGUUUCAUUGGGACACGUACGUACGUACGUUUGUUGAACUUCUUUCGCAUCGUACGUAGCCAACCGUGCUAAUCGGAGGUGCAACACGGGAUACUGUUGAUCUCCAUUGGCAUCCCUGCGAGCCAGCAGUGGAAAUGUCCCGUUUCCAUUUUAGGGGCCCCCUAUUUCACCACAAGAAGCCUGCUGAGGGAUGUUGGGCUGAGUCAACCCCUUAACCAGGGUGUUGACCCAAAGUCUGUGAAUUGUGUGAGUAGAGUACCCUCACCAAAGUGCCACCCAGUGUGUAUGUACACAUUUGUAUUUAUCGUUCCUGUCAGCGUGAAUAAUACGUACAUGGUUACCCACGAGUUAGACUGUUCUUCACCGUGGAAAUAUGUAAUUUCGACCACUGGCUUCUUAUGGGGAUGGGCACUGCCAACAUAAAUGACUACUGCAACAUAACUCAAAGUGAGCAGGUAAACACUUGAACUUUUACAAAUGUAUGAUUGUAGUAUUAUGUAUAUGCAUUUUAAUAUCAUGCACAUGUGUGUUAGUGCGUUUAUUACUUUAUUACUUUAGACCUGAACUAUGUAUAUUUGUAUGAAUGUGUGUUAACAGAAGUGUUGUCAUUGCUCACCUUUGUGCCACAUGAUCUGUUGUCAGUUACAUGUGAAGUAUUGGAAUUGACGGCAGGAACUUCUUGACGGGAACACACUUUUAUUAAAUCUUUACGUG